AUGCUUGGUCGACCAGUAAGACGUGAGGAUCCAGUCGUAUACCGUGUCUAUGAGCCCGACAACAACGAGCUGCAGGAUCUCUACAAGAAGGUGAACUACCUGAAAAUCCUAGAGCAAGAAGCGCAGCGCAAGAUGCGGGAAAUUCGCAAGAAGAAAGCCGUUGAGGACGCGGAGAAAAACAGACUAGAGGAAAAGAACAGAGAACGGGAGGUACGCUUUUUACCUGUUCCUAGAUGGAGCUGCGGACCUUGUUCCUAGAUGAAGUUGUCAACUCCCGCUUUUUACUGUCUAGUACGUAGGAGCUCCUGUUGACCUUGUUCCUACUCCUAGAAGUUAUGAAGUUGUCAAGAAGUAGAAUGAUCUGGUUUGGCUCGAUUCAACCUGCAAUACAGAUCCGUCGCGAGAUGGGAGAACUGGACGGUGACAGUGAUGACGAGAUGAGAGACGAUGGAGUGGAUCCAGAGGAAGCCUUGAGGUCUAGACCUAAAGUCCGAGAGCGAUAUAAGCUUGCAGUCGAG